GUUUUGCUCAUGACCAAGGAACCAAACCAAUGGAAACUUUACAUCCAAGGAAUUACAAGUGAGUAAUUUAGUUAAACAUGACCAUACAUCUCCAAUUCUCAAUCUUUGAAAUCCAUUUCCCACCAUUAGGUUGGUUCCUAAAAUGACCUCAAAGGACUCCAUCUUCUCAAUUGAAACAGCACGUAGAAACUGGACAAGACCGGAAUUUCACAGAAUUUAACCUCCAAAACCCACCGACUAUAUUAAACGGCCAGAAACCUCAGAGUACGAGGUUGCUCGGUGACACAGUACGGAGGCAAAGGACAGAAAUUAAAGACAAUUGUUUGGUUGGUUUUGGAAUUUCCGACGUUCCCGAUUCUCCCGCGCUGUUUCGUUUACCGAUUUUCGUGGCCACCCGGUCGUGUUAUGUAAAGCUAUUCGCUUUUGAUUAUUUUGGGAUUUCGAAGAGUAAGGAAGGUGCAGAAUGGGGAGGGUAAAGCUAAAGAUAAAGAGGUUGGAGAAUACAAAUGGGCGUCAAGCAACUUAUGCGAAAAGGAAGCAUGGCAUCAUGAAAAAGGCUAAUGAAUUAUCUAUACUAUGUGACAUAGACAUUGUCCUUCUUAUGUUUUCCCCGACUGGGAAGCCUUCUUUAUGCAGCGGAAAACGCAGUAGCAUUGAAGAGGUUAUAGCAAAGUUUUCCCAACUUACUCCACAGGAAAGAGCUAAAAGGAAACUGGAAAGCCUUGAAGCACUGAAGAAAACAUUCAAGAAGUUGGACCAUGAUGUGAAUAUACAAGAAUUUUUGGGUACGAGUUCUCAAAUCGUUGAGGACUUGAGUAACCAAUCUAGGUUAUUGCAAACCCAACUUUCCGAAAUAAAGAAGAGAUUAAGCUGUUGGAUGAACCCUGAUAAGAUCAACAGUGUAGAUCAGUUGGGGCAAAUGGAAGAUUCAAUUAGAGAAUCGCUUAAUCAGAUUCGAACACAUAAGGAAAACUUACAAAAACAACAACUAAUGUCAUUAGAAUGCACCAGUCAGUUCCAAAAUGGAUUGCAUAUACCCUUCAGCAUUAGUACUGAGCAACAACUCCAGCCUCUGCCAUGGAUUCCUAGUAAUGAAAACCGGCAUAUCGUUUUACCAGAGGACCCGAACUUGCUUCCUCAUAGGGAUAUAGAAUGUUCUGCAAGUUCCUCCUUCGGCAGUUACUCUGGUUACCUUGGGACAGGAAAAAGUCCAGAGAUUUCCAACUCUGGUCAGGAAAACGUUAUUCUAAAUGACUUGAGCAGAACUGCGCCACUGAGGCUACAGCUGGGCGGGCAGUUUUCCUCCUACCUUCCAUACAAUCUCAAUAUGUUGACCGAUACAAAAUUUCAACAACCCACAGAAAUGAGUCCUCAAGAAAACCCUGUGGAAUAUCAUGUUAAUGGAAGCUUUGAAGCUCCUAGACCUGAUUUUUUCACUACCCAGCAUAGCUGGGCAUCUACAUCUGGUCCCUGUGCUGUUACUAUGUUUGACGAGCAUUUAUAUUCCCAGCAGACAAACUAAGAUAUCCAUGAGUGAUUUUGUCGUUCAUCCACUGAUGGAGUUGCUGCAGCAGUUUGAUGAGUGCUUGAGAAAUGGAAUCAUAUAAACGGUUUUCAGUAGUUAUUUUUUCGCCGUGGAAAUAUAGAAGGCAAACACCAAGCCAUGUCCAGCAGGGGCUCAGUUCAACAACCACAUAACGGCCCUGUCAUUCGUCAGUAGUCCCUUGCCAUAAGGAAAGGAUAGUGCUGAUGCCUAGGAAUGAGGCACCAAACUCUAAAAGUGAGAUCAUGUGUGUGUUAUUAAAUAUAAUUAUAGGUUCUAUAGAGGUUUUUCUUUUGCUGCCUCCCCACUUUUCUUGGCUGUCUAGGUUGCUAGUGGCAGUUUAGAAUGCUGCCUUCUCCUUGUUCCCUUUCAGUAAUCUGAGCUUUGUAAAUAAAAAGUAUAUACAUAUUAUAUAAUAUAACAAUAUAUACAAUACAAAAAGCAUAAA